CCAUCUAAAGGAAAUGGCUUCUUCUUCUUCUUCCUUUUCUUCGAUAGCCAUAAUCGCAUUCGCUGUACUACUUGUGGUGGUUUUCACGGGGAGCUCCUCUGCUCAACUCUCUACACAUUUUUACUCUAAAAGUUGCCCCAAGGUCUUUACCACCGUGAAAUCCGCUGUUCAAUCUGCGAUUUCACAAGAACUCCGAUUGGGUGCUUCUCUCCUUCGCCUACACUUCCACGACUGUUUUGUCAAUGGUUGUGAUGGGUCGUUACUCCUAGAUGACACUUCGUCUUUCCAAGGGGAGAAGACAGCAGGUGCCAACAAUAGAUCCGUUAGGGGUUUCAAGGUUGUUGAUGGCAUAAAGUCAAAGGUGGAGAAAGUAUGUCCGAGAGUUGUAUCGUGUGUUGAUAUCUUAGCCAUUGCUGCUCGUGACUCUGUUGUAACUCUUGGAGGUCCUAGCUGGGAUGUUAAACUUGGAAGAAGAGACGCCAAGACAGCCAGCUUUUCAGAUGCUAAUAGUACUGAGAACUUGCCUUCUCCUGCUUCUACCCUUAGCGACCUAAUCUCUAGAUUCCAAACUAAAGGUCUCUCUACCACGGACAUGGUUGCCUUAUCUGGAGCCCACACAAUUGGGCAAUCACGGUGUCUAGUUUUCAGAGAUCGCAUAUAUAACGAGACCAAUAUUGAUAGUUCAUUUGCCAAGUUGAGGCAAGAUCAAUGCCCGAGGAAAACUGGCGGCCGCAAGAAUCUUGCACCUCUAGACCUCCAAACCCCGACUGCUUUUGACAACAACUACUACAAGAACCUCAUCGAGGAAAAGGGUCUUCUUCACUCCGAUCAACAAUUGUACAACGGUGGAUCUACUGAUUCACUGGUUAAAACCUAAAGCAAUAAUGCUGAGACCUUCAAUGAAGAUUUUGUCACGGCAAUGAUCAAAAUGGGAGACAUAGAGCCCCUCACCGGAUCGAGUGGCGAGAUUAGGAAGAACUGUAGGAAGGCCAACUAGUUCAUGGUGCAUGAUAUAAGUAAGAAUUUGUGAGGAUUCUUUCUUGUUCCAUUGAAGAAAAAAUCCAAGUGGUUUAUUUAUUGUUGGUGUGAGUUAUUUGUGGAAAGCUAUCUUUGGGUUAUUGCAAUAAAAAUUAUCGGAUCAGAAUCCCUUAUAGA